AUAAAAAUAUUAAAAUAUUAAAACAUAAAUAUUUCUCUUGGGCUUAUAUCUUCUCCUAUAUUAUUCCAAAUUAUAAACAGAGAAUUUGUUUAUCGAACAUAAUUAUGCGAAUACUGGAAACGUGGUCUAAUAAUUAUACAAGGCAGGUGACGAAUUACCCUAACAUAGAAUGCUCUCAAUUGCAGGAUCAAACUUCAUUUCCAAAUGAAUUUCCUUUUGAUAAGAACAUUACCACCAUUAUUCCAAUACAAAUUGCAUCCAUAAACAUGGUAGGCAAUCAUACUAUACCUAUCCAGAUAAAUAAACAAGAACAGCCAUACAUAAAAAAUUAUACUAACGGUACCAAAUUAUCAAGAAAUAAUGUAUCUAAUUUCAAUGAAAAUAGUCUUAACAGUGAUCUAUAUGAAAUAUCAUCAUUCGAACGUUUUGAAAGAUUUGCAAAAUCAGUUAUAAAUGACAGUAAAUUGUCCUUUAUCAAAGAAAUUCCUAAUUUUAUAUCCCUUGGAGAUCUAUUCCAUUCUCGUGAAUACUCAAAUCCUUUUGAUUUUAAUAAUAAUGAACCAACAAAAGUUUUAAGAAGCUUUAAUCCUAAUUGUAGGAACAAUAUAAAACAGUCACACAAUUUUAACCAUAUUGAACUUCAUAACAUGGAUAGUAAUACUAACAAGGCACCUCUCAAAAUAAAGUUAGCUGAAAAAGUAUUUCAUGUAAAUUCAUUGCCAAUAAGGAUAAAGAAUAUUAAGAGAUCAUAUUCAAUGCGCAAUAAUUUCUUAAAAAAUGGUGAUAAUUAUCCAUCCAAUACAAUUUUGAGUGAUCAUGUGCAUAAUUGCAAAUUAUUUCCUAAUGCAUCUCAUGAAUCGCCUAAACAAUUCACUAAAGUUGCUCUCGAUAAUUUCAGAUCAACCCCUACAUCAGGAAUAAGUAUGUGCAAAGAUUAUGCUUCAAAAAGAAGUAAACACAAUUGUAGAAAGCUCAGCACACUAUCCUUAACUUCCUCAGAUUUAUCAUCAAUUGCUAAUAAUAAUAAUAAUAAUAAUAAUAAUAAUAAUAAUAAUAAUAAUAAUAAUAAUAGUCAUAACAAUAAAUGCCAAUGUGUGUUUCCAGAUAGAAGUCUCGAAACGAAAAUCAAUGUUGAUAGUUGCAAAUCAAAUCAAGAAUUUUAUAAUUUACCAAAUAUAAAUCAACGCUCUUCAAUAACGUCAACAAAUUCGAAUUUUAACGUGAAAAAUUUUAAUACUGAGGAAAUGACUUCAACUAACGACGACUCAAUUAACCAUGAAAGAGGUUUUGCCAUUAGAUACAAUAAAGGUAGUACUGUUAUAUUGAAAAGUCAAAAUAUUAAAAACUAUCACGAUAUAAAUGAUCCAAAUUGUAAUGUAAUAUGGCUUAAAGACGGUAUCAAGUUUUUUUCAAAAUCAAACAAAGAUAAUCAAGAGGUGCUCAUUGAAAAUAGCAAAAAUCCAAGAUACAAGGUUGAAAAUAUCAACAAUCAUUCUGUUCUGAUAAUUAUAGAUACUGUGAUUGAAGAUUCAGGCAUAUAUGAAUGCUUUAUUAAUAAAAAAACGAAUGAUAAUCAACAUCCUGUGUCAAAACUAUGGAAAAUAUUAAUUGAAGAUAAAGACUUGACUGCAGAAGAAAACUUGCCCCAAAUAGUUUUGCCAACUUUAAAAAAGAUUAGGAAUACUGAAAGAACUAUCCCUAUUAUAAUAGAUGCCGAAUCCCCGAUACAAGAUUGUUCAUUAAAGCAAAGUAAAAGAAUGACGAUCAAAUUCGAAGGAAAAACCGAAAAUUUUGUAAUUGAAUGGACCCACAACCUACAACAAUUAGUUACUAAUGAACAAGCUCGCAUCGAAAUAAACGAUAACUAUACCGCAGUCUUCAUAAGUUGUGUUGGCAUAAAUGAUUGUGGUUUAUACACUUGCAAAUUGACUAAUAAUUAUGGUUCAAAUUACAACACUACACUAUUAAAUAUCAAAGACGAAAAUCAAGCUCAAGCCGAAGCCAUUCUAGAAAAAAUUAAUUUUACGCCUAAAUUUAGUAAACAUUUUGUCAAUCCCUCAAAUUCUUGGUUGUACUUUUGCGAAGGAGAUUCUAUUCAUUUGGAGGCCAAAAUCGAUUUUUUAAAUAUGGAUGGCCAAUUACUAGACUAUUAUAAAGAACAACACCUGACUAAGGAAAAUAAAUAUUAUUUCAUGGAAUGGUCACACAAUGGAAAUAUAAUAAAUAAAGAAGAUAUCAAGCAUUUCCAAGUUCUAAAUUAUAUGGGAAUAGUUGUGGUAGAUUUUAAAAAUGUCAAUCCACAAAUCAACGGAACCUUCAAAUGUCGCAUUUGGAAUGAAUUAGGAGAAGACGAGUCUAUUUUUAUCAUCAAUUGUUCAACACCCAAAUCGGUAUUCAGUGAUAAAAAAAACGGCAAAAAUUCACGAACAAAAAACGAACGUCAUCGAUCAUUUAUAUCAUCCUCUUCCGUCUCCAUCGAAGAAGAACCUACGCAAAAACCAUCUUGUUUAGACGAUAAAAUACCAUAUAACCAUUUUCCAAAAAAAGAAACUUCGAAACAACUAUCAAUGAAUUUAGAAAAGGUGAGGGAAGUUGACAUUGUCCAAAAUGCGGACAGGUCAUUUAGUGGCCAGAGACGAAAAAAGCGAAUGAAUUCCUACGCCUCCAAUAACGCCGCGAAUUUCAAUCGUUCGUCUUCUCAUUACGAACGACAUUAUGAAGAUUCGGCAGAUAAUUUAAGGACCGGUCCAGGGUACGAAACAUCUUCUUUUUCUACGUCUGAUCUUCAUUCCACAGGUAGGGUUAAGAAAAGAGGCGGGGUUUAUGGCGAGGAAUAUUCUUAUUCUCGGAGCCGCGAGGUUGAGCCUUUAAGGGAUCAAACGAACAUAAUUGUCCCCAUAAAUUCCGACAAAUACGAAUCAUCUUACAAAUAUGACAAGCCCGAAGAUGGAUAUAAAAUGGCUUACUAUAAUCGUUCAUCGGGUGGUAAUAAUAAAAAUUCUCUUUUUGCUAGCAAAUAUGAGAGGUCCGGAGACAACAGAGAAAUGGAAGAACAUUACUUAGAAGAACAAAUUAUACUGAGGCCUGGUGGAGCUGUUCAAAAAAUAAUCGUUCCGGCUCUUCAUGAAACUACCAAGGCAAUUACCGAAACAAAACAAGAACAUUAUAUAAGCGGUGGAACCAAAUAUCCCAAGCCCUAUUUUAAAGUUCAUUUAAAGGAUCAAAACAAUUUAGUGGAAGGCCAACCAGUUCAUUUAGAAUGUAGGGUUGAGCCUAAAUCAGAUCCGCACCUUAAAAUAGAUUGGUAUUUCGAUAAUUCCCCACUUAAAACUGAUAAACGUGUUCAUACAGUGUACGAUUAUGGCUAUGCUUCGCUGUCUAUUACUGAAUCUUCUGCACCAGCAGAUUCAGGAAUUUAUGUGGCAAGGGCCAGUAACCAAGCUGGAGAAGCCUACUCUACAGCUUCACUUUGCUUGGCACCUUUAAAAUCAAUUAUUACCGAAACACAAACCACUACUCAAUUUGAUGAAUUAGAGAUGGAAAAGUUUAUUUAUGAUGCUGACAGAGACAGACCCGUAUUAGGCGAGGAUAAAGAAGUUCAGGCAUAUUUACGAACAUCAGUUAUUAGGCCCAAAUUUUCAAAGCCGACAUUUACUUCCCGAUUUGAAGAUACGUUAUACUACAGAGAUGGAGAUAGGAUUAAGCUUGAAGCAAAUUUAGUACCCUUGGGAGAUAAGUCUUUAAAAAUUGAAUGGCUGAAAAAUGGGGAGCCUUUAGUAUUAAAUGCUAGAACUCAAACUUUUCAUGAAAACGGGCGUGUUGGUUUGGAAAUAUAUCCUGCUGAAGUAUUUGACGAAGGUAUAUACACUUGUCAAGCUACCAGCGAUAAUGGUUAUGCCGCAAUAUCAACUAGACUUAAAUAUAUCCCCGAAAGAGCUCCCAUUUACCAUUAUCAAGAUGGGAAAAAAUUUGUAGAGGAAGAGGAAGAAGGAGUCGCUCCUAUGCUAACUCCAGGUGACAUGUCAAUUAAAAAGCCUCGUGUACCAAAGAAGAGGCCGUGUUUUAAAUCUGAUCUGAAGGGGAUCGAUUUAGAAGAAGGACAAGGAAUUCAUUUAGAAGCUAAGUUAGAGCCUUUAGAUGACUCAAAUCUCAAAGUGGAUUGGUUUAAAGAUGGUCAACCUUUGAAAGAAAGUCCUAAGAUAAAAGCAGGACAAGAUAAAGGGAAAGUAUAUUUGGAUAUGGAUGAUAUGAAACCCAAAGAUUCUGGAGUUUAUAAGUGCAAGGCAUCUAAUGAUUUCGGGGAGGCAAUCAUUAGCGCACCCAUAACAGUUCAUCCCAAAACUCCUAUACCCCAAGCCCCUGAACCAGAUCAAGUAUCAGAUUAUUGGUGGAGAGAUAAAUACCCACCUCUCAAAAAGCCAGCCCCUCUUUCUCCAGCUCCGUUUAGUCCCAUUAUAAUUAACAAAAAGAAGAGACAACCGCCACCGCCGCCACCUCAAGAAGAAGAGGAUUUAGAGUUUAUAAAAGGCCAAAGCAGAGAAAAUAGGCGAUUUGAUACCGAAGUUGAUUUGCCCCCCAGGUUUAUAACAGAUAUUUCUGAUCUGCAAGCCAAUGAAUGGGAUAAGAUAAGGUUUGAAGCUCGGUUAGAACCCGCAAAUGAUAAAACAACUCAAAUAUUCUGGUACCAUGAUGGCAAGAUUUUAAAUGCCAGUUCUAGAAUUAAAACUUUGUUCGAUUAUGGAGUCGUAAUUCUCGAAAUAACGGAUAUAACAACCAAAGAUGCAGGACUUUACGAAUGCAUUGCCACAAACAACUUCGGCUCGGACUCAACUAGAGCUAUCUUAACCGUUAGAGAGGACGAUGAAAGAAUAAUUCAAGAUACCGGGCUUUCCUCACAGAGAUCUUCAGUAGCGAGGGUAAAGGACAUUGAAGAAACCGUCGAAAGAACAAUUAUUGAAUUAUACCCACCACCCGAAACUUUGCUGAAAUCUUUCAAAGAAGAUGAUUAUACUAGUGGACAAAGAAUUUACAAAGUAGAAAAUGAGUAUGUCACUGAUGGAUCGACUUUUUACGACAAAAGGCCGAUAUUUUUGACUGAACUUAACGAUGUAAGGGUCAAGAAACACGACACGAUUAGAUUAGAGGCGAAGGUUGUGCCCUCAAUAAAAGAAGACAAUAGUUUACAGGUCGGUUGGUACAAAAAUGGUAAAUUAAUUCUUAUUGAAGAGAGUUCCGAAAGAAUUCAAAUCUUUAAUGACGCAAAUUCGGGCUUUGCGGUUUUAGAGAUACGCGAUGCUCAAACUAGCGAUUCGGGCGAAUAUGUUUGCGUAGUCAGAAAUUCAAAUGGCCAAGCUCUUAGUAAAUGUAAAGUAGUUUGCAAAGAUGAUCAUUUUGGAGAACCCCCCUUUUUCGUAAAUAGAUAUAUGAGGUUAGACAAUUUGAACGAAGGCGAUACCGCUCAUGUUGAAUUUAGACUUGAACCAGCUGAGGAUCAAAAUAUGAAAGUGGAAUGGUUUUUCAAUGGGCAACCUUUGCAAAGAGGCUAUCGCACCAAAACUUUACAUGACUUUGGUUAUACAAUAUUGGAUAUUUCGCCAAUUUAUGCAGAAAAUUCUGGCGUUUACGAAUGCAAGGCCACUAAUCACUAUGGAACUAAAACUGCGGUUGCUGUGGUUGAUUGUAAAGGUAAAAGAGAUGCUAAAUGGGAUACUCAUAUUCCUUCCCAAACUUCAGAUCAAGACCAAACUACGAGACGUAGAACUGAACAAGAACAACAUUGGAUUUCAAAAGCAGAUCUGACAUUAAAUCAACCAAAAAUAAGACUUCAAAGAAAACCUGUUUUUACCACUCCUUUACAUAAGUUUACUAAUCUUAAAGAGGGAGAUAGUUGUCAUUUUGUCACUACAAUAGAACCAGCCGAUGAUGAUAGGCUUCAGAUCCAAUGGUUUCUAGAUGGAAAGCUUAUAUCUCAAGAAAAUCGAAUAAAAAUGGUUCAUAACUUUGGAUAUGUAGUGUUAGAUAUAUCACCAGUCAAAGUGUGUGAUACCGGCAUAUACACUUGCGUUGCCAAAAAUGACUUUGGAGAAGAUACUGUUAGUGGUACACUACAUUGCAAAGCCUUUGAACAAAUUGCACCUCCAAAGUUCCGGGUCCCUCUGAAGAAUUUAGAGGUUUAUGAAGGCGAGACAGCCCAUUUCAAAGCUAUCUUAGAACCAAAUUUUGAUCCAAAUCUUAAAGUUGAAUGGUUUUUCGAAGACAAGCCUAUACUAGGCUCAACACGUUUUAGGCCCCACUCUGAUGGUAAUCUGGCUACUUUGGAUAUAACUCCAGCCUACAGUGAGGAUUCUGGUACUUACAAGCUCGUCGCUGUUAAUGCUGAGGGUCGGCAAUCCGCCGCGAGCGCUGCCACUCUUAAAUGUUACCCACGACCAGUUCCGCCUCGCCCUUCAUUCUUGGCUCCUUUGACACUUGCUUCUCCUAUGAAAAAAGGAUGGCCGGCCUUGAUAGAAACCCGUGUUAUACCUGGCUUGGGAUCUGAUUUGGAAAUUGAAUGGUCUAUUAACGGAACCCCCUUACAAGCUCUUAAUAGAGAUAAAUAUAGGUUUGUCAGAGAUGCCGCUAGUGGUUAUGUAGGUUUGCAUAUUUGUGCUUCGCAAAUCUCAAAUUCCGGUCGUUAUACUGUACUAGCUCGUAAUGAGACAGGGUCUGACUCAAUAUCAGCAAACUUUGAGGUUGAAAAGGAGGAAGAUGAAAAAAGAGAAGAAGCUAUAUACGUCAGUAGAUUUAAGACCCACAUUUACCCGGCCAAAGAAAAAGAAAUAUCCACGAUUGAAAAAAAAGAAAUUGAGACGAAAGAAGUUAUAACUUCUACCACUACUAUUGUUUCUGAAGCUCCAAAAUUUUCAAAAAAACUUGAACCAAUAAACACUGUAGUGGGUAAAUCAGCUAUUUUUUCAGUACUCUUUAACGGAAAUCCCCCGCCUCAAGUCAUAUGGAAAAGAGAAAAUUAUGAAAUUCAUAAUUCCCCUGAUUUUAUAAUAACUACAACAAACACAUCAAGUACAUUGAUUAUUAAGAAGGUUUGCAUUGAAGAUACUGGAACAAUAUCCUGUAAUAUUUUGAAUACAGCUGGAUGGGCUGAAAGUUCUGCUAAGUUAAACGUAGAAAAGCCUCACAUUGAAAUAAAACGAGAAGAUCUAGAGAGAACCGAAACAGUGGCGAUAAUAGAAACAAUACCCACAGCUCCUCGAAUAAUUCAGCCAUUAAGAGAUUGUAUUACUACGCAAGGCCAAUCAGCUUUCUUCCAAUGCACCAUAUACGGAUAUCCAGCACCGCAGAUUGAAUGGUUUAAAAACGAUCAACCAUUGCAAACAACUAGUUCAGGUCCUCAGUCACCACCUUAUAUCAGUGUGACGGCUACUGAAUCCAAAGAAGUUUCCGGGAAUUAUAUUUUUACCCUUAAACUCGCUGAGUGUUACCUCGAAGACGAAGGAGUAUAUAGCUGUCGACUUACUAACCCAUCUGGUAGUAUCACUACCUCCGCCACUUUGAAAGUCCAACAGUUUAGACCUGAUACGGAAGGGCCUUCUUUUAUUCGGUCGCUUGAAAGUACAAGAGUUAUCGAAGGAACCCCUAUCACAUUUUCUUGUAUCCUUACUGGUAAGCCCAAACCUGCGAUAUUGUGGUUCAAAGAUGGAUCGGAGAUCAAGCCUUCCUCUAAAUAUCAAAUAACUUAUACGGGAACAAAUUGUAAAUUGACAGUACAAAAUUGCCAAGAAAGUGAUAAUGGGACAUAUAUGUGUAAGGCUCAAAACGCAUCUGGAACCGCCGAAUGCAGCGCAGCUUUGCUAGUUGAACGUAAGAAAGAUAAAGGACGCGAAUUUGAAGAAAAGGAUAAAGUAGCCCCACAAAUUCUUACACCCUUAAUUCCACAAAGAGUUAAUGAAGGUCAAUAUGCAUAUUUUAAAUGCCAAUUUUCGCUUUAUCCAUAUAAAAGUAUUGUUUGGACUAAAGAUGAUAUUGUUUUGCGAACUUCAAUAAAAUGUGAAAUUUUAUAUGACAAUGGCAUAAGUGUUUUACGAAUCAUGAAUGUAAACAAAAGUGAUGAAGGUAUUUAUACUUGUAAGGCCCUUAGUGAAGAGUUUGAUUUAAUAACCGCUGCUAGUUUACAAGUUUUUGAAAAAUCUCCUGAACCAAUUCCAGAAGUAGUUCACCCAUUAGCACCUAUUAUGGUUAAAGAGAGUGAAACGGCAAUUUUAAGUUGCAAAAUCACGGGCACUCCUGAAUUAAGACUAUCUUGGUAUCAUGGCCCAACUGUACUAGAACCAAUUCCUGGCAAAUAUGAUAUAUCAAUUGUUGACGAUAAGGCAGAAAUGAAAAUAUACGAUAUUAAUCAGUUUGAUCAAGGAGAAUAUACAUGUAAGGGAAAAACCCCAAGUGGUGAAGUAUCUACUUCAUCUUAUAUUAAAAUCAAAGAAACAUCCUAUGAUGAAACCAUUAUAUAUGAAACUAAAACUGACAACAAGAAAAUACAAGAGAUUGAAUCAGAUGUUGAUAAAAGAAGUUCCAAUGUUAUUGAUAGUUACCAUGAAAAUCGAGAAUCAUCUUCUGAGAGACCAAGGAAAAAAAUGAGGGGUGACUAUGAAGUUACUGUUACAAUUCAACCUGACAGCUUAUCCCCUUUUACAAAAAGCCCAAGUGCAGAAUAUGAGAUUUACACAAGAAAAUCCCUUGAAGUAGAUGAAGAAGAAAAUUCGAUUUUAACCUCAUCAUUACAUUCACAUGAAAGAAAACGAUCGGAACAUCCAAAUUAUAAGGAUAUAUCCGUAUCUUUUCAAUCAUCCUCAAACACUUCUAAUCCUAAUUAUGAUUUUAUAACUAUUUCUUCCGAAAGAUCAAUACCUAUCGUACAAGAAAACUUUAAUUUUUCAUCUCCUUUAUUUGUUGAAACUUUAAAAAAUAUAAAACAAAUGGACGGACAUUCGGCAUGCUUUGAAUGCAAAAUAACUGGAAGUCCCAUUCCUCAAAUAUGUUGGUACCGUAAUAACAAGAUUAUUGAAGACUCCAAAGAUUUUAGAACUCUGCACAGAGCUGAUGGCACAUGCGUGUUGUUUAUAGCUGAGUUAUUUCCAGAAGAUGAAGGUGUUUAUAUUUGCGAAGCAACUAAUUCGUUUGGAACUGCAAAUACAGCUGCAGAACUGAUAGUUGAAAAAUUCACUUACUUACCAGACAAAGAAGAAGCCUCGAUAACACGAACUCAAACCAAAUCAAAGCGUUCUCGCGAUUGGUCAGAUGGCGAAUUAACACAAUAUACCAAACGCACUGAAAUAAUGACCAGUUAUGAAGAUAACACUUAUGCACAAGUUUCAGAUGAAGAAUUAGCCAGAGGACCUGUCGAUUUUACUCCUCCUGAAUUACCCAUUGAUUUAGAAACCUCAUUUCCAUUACCAACUCUAUCUACAACAAGAUCUAUUACUGAAACCCAAUCAACGACGAAAGAAGAUGAAGAAAUAAUUAUGGUUCAAAUAGUUUAUCCACCUUUAAAAUUUAAAGUUAAACUGCCGGAUCAAGUAACAACUCAUGAAGACGAAACUAUAAUCUUUAGAGUUAAGUCACCCAUAGGGGGCCCCUUGAUUCAGAUUAGUUGGUACAAAAAUGGGAAAUACAUACAGCCCGAUAAACAUACAACUUACAGUAGUGGGGAAUCCGAUAUAGAGGAUUUUAAAGUCGCCAAGCAAGAUGAAAAAUCAAUUUUUGUUCAAGAAACAUCCUCCAAAGAUGAGAUUUGGCAGGAGUUGAUAAUAAAUAAAUUAUCAAAAGAAGACGAAGGAAUUUACGAAUGUCGGGCUAUAAACGGUUUUGGAGAAAGAGAUGACACAUCAACCAACUUGAAAGUCGUUUUAAAUUCUCCUACCAUAGAAGAAACAUUUAAAGAGUACAGUGUCGAUAUCGGAUCAAAAUUAGUAAUCGAUGUAAAUUUGACCUCUUCACAUCAGGAUGACGUUAACGUAUUGUGGAAAAAAGAUGGAAUAGAAAUAUACCCUAAUGAUCAUUACGUAAUAAUUGGAAAGGCAGGUGAUAGUAUUUUACAAAGAAAAUUGAUGAUACCUUGUGUACAAUCUACCGAUGAAGGAAUUUAUACUUGUUUUAUAAAUGAAUAUCAAAUCGGUCCCAAAAUUAAGAUAGCUGUUUUAGAUCGUGAACCCUUCAUCAAAGAUGUCAAGAUAGGCACAAAGUUAGAAUUAAUAUUAAGCUUACCUGAUGAGCCGAAUACAGUUUUAUGGGAAAAGGAUGGUGCCAUAAUAAAUCAACAAACUUCAAAUUUAUCUUUCAUUAAUGAAGGAAAAAAAGUUAAAAUUGUGUUUGAAAAAUUUGAUCAAAAUGAUCAGGGACUCUACACUUGCAAAUGGAAUAACAAAGAAACCAAAAUUAAACUUUUUGGCAAACCAGUAUUUUCGGUGUGUGAAACACCCCGUGUUCAAGAAAAAGUUAUAGAAGAAGGACAAGAUCUUGAACUUUGUGUUUCUAUAGAUCCGAUAGAAACAAGGACCCCAGAUACGGUAGAAUGGCGAAAAGAUGGAAUACCCAUAAAGAAUUUAACUCAAUACGGAAAAAGAAUUAAUGUUGUUUCAGAUAAAAAUUAUGAUAAAUUGUUUAUUACUUCAGCAAAAACGAUGGAUUCAGGAAUUUAUGAAUGUUUUGUUGGAGAAAACUCUAUCAAAAUUUCCGUCACCGUUAAUAAAUCGCCAGAUACUAUUCAAACUUAUAAGAUUAUUGAAGAAGGUUCAAAAAUAAUAAUAUCCCUUAAUUUACCAUCAAAAUGCGACUCAUUGAUUUGGGAAAAAGAUGGUAUACCUAUUGAUAUGCUUAAUCACUCUAAAUGCAAAAUAAUUGUUGAUGAUAAUAAUACCAAUAUUACUAUACCAAGAGCAUCCUUGGAGGAUUCCGGCGUAUACACUUGCGUAACUGAUGGACAGAAUAACAAUGCGCGAAUCAUAAUCCAAAAUGUACAACCACCUACAAAACAUCUUAAAGAAGGAUCCAAUCUUGAGUUGAUGAUCAAUUUGCCCGAAACACGUAAUGUUGAGUGGCUCAAAGAUGGUCGUCCCUUAACGCUUGACAGUCGCAGCCAAGCACGCACUACUCCUGAGAAUAAUAGCAUUUUAAUUAUAAAAAAUAUUAAAAUGGAUGAUGCCGGUGUGUAUUCAUGCAUUUUUAAAGAUCAAGAAAUAAAAGCCAAAAUUAUUGUUGAAGAAAAAGAAAAAAGAGCGGAAAGAGCUAUUUUGUCAAAUGGGCCAAUUGCAGGAGAUGAUAUAGAAAUACGGAUCACUUUACCUCAUAAAGCUGCCUAUGUUACUUGGAGAAGGGAAAAUGAUGGUAAAGUUAUUAAAUCAGAUGAUACGGAAUCUUCCAAAUUUACAAUGAAGACUGAGAAUGAGGGGUUAGUUCAUGUCCUACUUAUCAAAAAUAUCUCGCCCUGUGAUGAUGGAAAUUACAUUUGUGAAUAUGGGCAGAAGGAAUACCUGAUAGCAAAUAUUACUGUUAAAGGUGAACCAGACGACACUUUUAAUAUAUCAAAGGAAUAUGAACAUUUAGCUAUAGAUCAAGAUGAUCAAGGAGAUAUGAGAAGAACUUCCUUUUAUGAAACAAAAUAUAUAGAAAGUAGUGUGAGAAGUGAAAAGGUAAUGAAAGAAGUUCCCUUUUCGAAUGGCUCACCGAAAAUUAUUGCCCCACUGAAGGAUGCUCGCAUUAACAUUGAAUCAAACAAGAUUAGAGGUCAAGAUAUUGUGAUUCAUUUAGAAACGAUUAUUGAUGGCCUUCCUGUGCCUAAAGUCAAUUGGUAUAAAGAUGGUAAAAAUAUCAAGAAUAUUGAAACUACAAAAAGAUACGAGGAACAAACAUCUAACAUCUACAAAAUAAUAGAUAAGAGUCCAGAUAAUAAAUAUAUUUUAGAGAUUAACCUAUCUAAAAUUUUUGAUUCUGGUGGCGAUAUCAAUCAGUUAAACGGUAUUUAUACCUGCGUUGCCUCAAAUCUAAAUGGAGAAGCUUCAACCUCGUCUAAAAUUGUUAUUACUAUAGAUAUGGAAAAUGUCGAAAAACUUCAUCCUGGACUUCAAAUAUCGAUUGAAAGAGAUCAACAUCCAGGUGUCUCUUAUUUAGAAACUGAUGAACCAGAUUUAUCUGGCAUAUCGCAAAAUUUUAUAACUAUAAAAGAGGAAAAGCUAUAUAAAUCGACCACUUCUGGAGAAUCUAAAAAAGAAGCUGAGCCGUCCUUCAUAAAGCCACUUAAGAGUCAGUUGAUGGAAAUCAAAAUAGACAAAGCUGGAAACAAGAAAUAUCCCUUGGACAUUGUAUUAGAAUGCCAAGUUGAAGGUCAGCCACGACCUGAUAUCAAAUGGUACUUUACUAAAGUAGAUCACAAAGGUCACGAAAGCGAAAUUGAGAAAAACAGACCUACUGUGCACUUAGAAUAUCAAGACAACAUAAUAGAUUCAAGUUCUCAAACAACAAUUACCACUAAAACUACCGAGACGACUAAAGAGACCACAAGGACUCAAAUAUUAAGUGAAGAAGAACCUGGUGGUGAUGUUAGAUUUCACAAAUACUAUUCACCUAAAGAUGGAAAAAUUAUCCUCUAUAUUACAUUAGUUUCCGAAAGCAACGAAGGUGUUUAUACUUGUGAAGCUACAAAUGAUCAUGGCAAAGCUAGUACAUUUGCUAAUAUUAUGUUCAAAGAUUUAACACAACCUGGCAGAGGCGAUACUUUAGAUACAUAUAAAGUGACUGAAAAGAGUGAAAGGAUAGAAAUAUCGAAAUCAUCUACUUCAUUAAAGGAUAUUUAUAUUGAGGAAGGAGCGGAUUUAGAAAUCAACAUUGAUAUAACUGAUAAAUCAUAUAAGCCAAUUAUAUGCCUUCAUGAAAGCAAUAUAAUAAGCACAUCAAUAGAUCAACAUAUUAUUUUCAAACAACAUGAAAAUGGAUUGGGGAAUGUAUUGAAGAUUAAUGAUGUGAAGAAGGAGGAUGGCGGAGAAUAUAUUUUCAAAAAUGAAAAAAUGGAGAUAAAAUUAAAUUUGAUCAUUAUUGCUAAAAAUACGUAUGAUUUAAAAUCGGAAAAAGUAUUCCAUAGAAUCAAAAUCAAGCCAGAUAAAAAUGAAAUUACCGAGGAAACUUUUGAGUAUCCUCAUUUAAAAGAAGAAGAUAUACAAGAAACAGAGGUUGAAGAAGGUUCUCAAUUAGAAUUAACUGUUACUUUAUCGAGGGAAGUAAAAAAUUUAAGUUGGAAAAAAGAUGGAAGAUCUUUAUACCCAGAUAAGCGAAUCUAUAUUUUAGACCAAGGGAAGGUUCAAAAAUUAUUAAUAAACAAUGUCAUUCCUGAUGAUGAAGGCAUUUAUAUUUGCGAAUUCGAGGGAAAGCACAUUAAAACUCGCGUUAUUGUUAUACCUAAAGAUUAUUCGCAGUCAUCAUUGGAUACACGAGAGGUUAGACAAUCAUACGAAAGGGAUGUAUACAAAGUCCACGAGAAGCCAAAAAUACCUGCUCACAUUAUAAAAUCGAUGGACAAAGAUAAUAUUAUUGUGACAGAAUCUGGUGAUGACAUUGAAAUUGUCAUAGAGAUACCUGAUUCCAUUAAGCCUCCAGUGAUUUUGUUAAAAGAUAAUACACCAGUUUCCAAAGAAGAUAGGAGAAUUAGUACCACGAUUGAGAAUAAUAAAAUAAUAUUCAAGAUAGAUCAAAUAAAAUCAAGUGAUGAGGGAUUAUAUGUGUUUGAUACAGGAGAAAAACAAAAUGUGAUUCAUAUCAUAGUCAAAGAGAGUAAAGAAAAACAACCUAAAAUUUUUAGGGAACAUGAAAUUACUACUUCAGAGACAUUUACAGAAACAGAAACAACUACAUAUCGUUAUGAUGCUGAUCAGAUAUCGAUGGAUAAAGAUGAAAUGGAAAUACCUAUACGUUUGUUUACAAAAACUCAGCAUGCUGAAGUUCCUGAAAAUAACAAUUUAGAUAUUAUAAUAAAAACGUCUCAUGAGAUACCAAAUAUAUUUUGGGAGAAGGAUAAUAUAAUAGUUGAUGAAAGUGAGAAAGUUGAAAAAAUUAAAUCUGGCAUGGAUCAUCAUUUGAUCAUUAAAGAAGUUACUAAAUCCGAUCAUGGAGUAUAUAUGGGAUCAUACGAAGAUAAAAAAAUCAUUAUAAAAGUUACAAUAAAAGAACCAAAAGAUGUAAUAGUAGAUGAGUCUCAGAAAAAUGCUGAUGAAGUCAGAGUUACAUCGUUAAUUAUGAAAAGACCAUCUCAGACGCCAAUACUAAUGGAAACAGAAGCGUAUCCUGGUAAAAAAAUAAAAUUAGAAACUCAUAUAGUUGAUCAACCGGAUAAAAGAAAAGUCGAUGAAAUAGUUGAAGAAUCGUUUGAAGAAAUUAGGAAAUAUGACUCUGAUGUAAAACGUGUUGACGAAAAAGAACAAAAACCCGCGAGGGAAAUUAAGAAACCACAUGUUAAGGCUCUUCCUGUACAAUCAGUAAAGAUGGAAACUGUCGAGGUGGAGGAAGGAUCAACCCUUGAACUUACUAUUAGUUUGUCCGAAGUGAUUAAAGAUGUUACUUGGCUCAAAGAUGAUAAUAAAAUAUAUCCAGGUGAUAGAAUAAAAUAUGAACAACAAGGUGAAGUAUGCAAAUUGAGCAUUUCUGAUGCCAUCAUUCGAGAUGAAGGGAUAUAUAGCAUGUGCUUUGAUGAUCAAAAAAUCGAUACCAAAGUCAUAGUUAUACCAACUAUCAAACCAAAAAUCGAAAUGAAGGUUAUAGAGGUCGACGAAGGCCAGCGUUUAAAUUUAUCAGUUACACUACCUAAAAAGGUUGAAAAAGUCACCUGGAAAAAAGAUGAUUUAAAAAUUCUGGAAAAUGAUCAUGUGUACUCAACUCAACAUGAUUUAACACACCAAUUAGUUAUUAGUAAAGUCAAAGGAGAGGAUGCGGGAAUUUAUAGUUUGGAAUUUGAUGAUAAUAAAAUAUUAACUAAUGUUUUAGUAAAAAGAAUGCCUAUUGAAGAUAUACAAACCAUAGAGGUUGACGAAGGGUCGACUUUGGAAAUUAGCAUAACAUUACCUAAUAAACCUGAUCAAUUUGAGUGGAAAAAAGAUGAUACCUAUUUAGUAGAAGAUGAUAGGAUUCAAUUUCCACAUGAUGAUUUUACUUAUAAAUUAGUGAUAAGCAAUGUUAAACCUGAGGAUAAAGGGAUCUAUAAUUUGCAAUACGACGAUAGUGAUGUUAGAACUAAAGUUGUAAUUAAAGGUUUACCCACGAAACAUGAAGUUAAAAUAAUUGAAAAAUUUGAUGAUCAGACUCAAAAACUAUCUGAAACUCCCGAAGAUGCUUAUUUCGUCGAAAAAUUAAAGGAUGUGACAUUGAUAAUCAAUCAGCCUUUAUUAUUACAAGUCAAAUUAAGCAAACCUGUAAAUGACACUGAAAUCAUAUGGGUCAAAGAUGAUACAAUUUUAUCUGAGAAAACAAUCGAUUUAUCUAGAAUUAUUCUAGAAAAAUCCCCUAUUGAUAAUUUAACUUACACGUUAAAUAUAAAAAAGACGAAGUUAGAAGAUGGGGGCGUCUAUAAAUGUAUCUAUAAAAAAAUGGAGACAUCAGCUAAUGUUGAAAUUAAAGAUUUACCCAUUACCGAAGAUGCCUAUUUCGUUGAAAAAUUAAAGGACGUAACAUUAAUAGUAGAUCAGCCUUUAUUAUUACGAGUCAAAUUAAGCAAACCUGUAAAUGACAAUGAAAUAAUAUGGGUCAAAGAUGAUCAAAUUUUAUCUGAGAAAACAAUCGAUACAUCUAGAAUUAUUAUGGAGAAAUCUCCAAGUGAUAAUUUAACCUACACAUUGAAUAUCAAAAAGACGAAGUUAGAAGAUGGGGGUAUCUAUAAAUGCAUCUAUAAAAUGAAGGAGACAUCUGCCAAUGUUGAAAUUAAAGAUUUACCCAUCAAACAUGAAAUUGAAAUAAUUACAAAAGGGGAUGAUCAGACUCAAAAAUUAUCUGAAACUCUCGAAGAUGCCUAUUUCGUUGAAAAAUUAAAAGAUGUAACAUUAAUAGUAGACCAGCCUUUAUUAUUACAAGUCAAAUUAAGCAAACCUGUAAAUGACAAUGAAAUUAUAUGGGUCAAAGAUGAUCAAAUUUUAUCUGAGAAAACAAUCGAUAUAUCUAGAAUUAUUAUGGAGAAAAAUUUAAGUGAUAAUUUAACCUACACAUUGAAUAUCAAAAAGACGAAGUUAGAAGAUGAAGGCUUCUAUAAAUGCAUCUACAGGAAAAAGGAAACAUCUGCUAAUGUUGAAAUUAAAGAAAUAGAUUUUAUGAAAGGUUUAUGCGAUCAAGAAGUUAAUGAAGGCUCCUCGGUGAUAAUGACCGUUACCUUCAAUGGACCCCCUUUUGAAGAAGAAAUUAUUUGGAAAAAGAAUUCUAUAAUUAUUAAUGAGUUUGAAAAACAAAAUAUGAAGCUAGAAAAAGAGGGUUUGCAAUACACACUUAUUAUCAAAUCUAUCAAAAAGGAUCAAGAGGGAAACUACUCUUGCCAUUACAAAAAUAAAGAGACUCGAGGUCAUAUAUCUGUUAUGGCCGUUCCUUCUCCUCCUCAAAAGUUAUCAAUUCAAUACAAAGAUGUGAAUAUAAUAUUUAAAUGGGAGAAACCUUUGAAUGACGGGGGCUCUCCAAUAAUUAGCUAUGCUAUAGAAAUUAGAGAAAAAGCCAAGGAAAAUUGGAUUCAUAUUAUGACUGUUAAAUGGGAUAUAUUUUCUAUUAUGUUGACAGAUUUAUCAAUUCAGAAGACUUAUAGAAUUAGGGUAAAGGCCACAAACAUAGUAGGAAAUAGUCUUCCAGCUGAAUUGGAAGAUGAUUUAAUGAUACCAGCAUCUAUCAAAGCAGAUGUCCCCUCACCACCUCUCAAUUUAAAGGCAUCAAAUCUUCGCGAAAAAAUAGGUAUAUCAUUAGAGUGGGAUAAACCUGAAACAGACGGUGGUUCUCAAAUUCUUGGAUAUAUAUUAGAAAUUCGAAAAGCCUCAUCCCAAAAAUGGAUUCAUAUAACGGAUAUUAAUGAUUUAACCUGUUUAAAAGAUCACAUGGCAUACUUAGUUGACAAAAACAUCGAAGUUAACGAAGAAUAUUAUUUACGAGUUUUCGCUUUUAACCAGAUAGGAACAAGUCAACCUGCUGUUACAACUACACCUAUUAAAAUUUCCAGAAUAUUGACCGUACCUUCUCCUCCUAAAGGGCCUGUAAUAAUUCGAGAAAUACCUGAAGGAAGUCGAAAUUUCGAAAUAGGAUGGAACCCUCCUGACUCAGACGGAGGAUCCCCAAUUAGAAACUAUAUAUUACAAAUAUCCUCCAACAAUGGUUUAACCUGGGAGCCUCUUGUAAAAGUAUCUGGUGAUACUCUAAUGGCUAUUAUCAAAAACUUGAAACCAAAUCAGGAUUACAUAAUUAGAAUUCAAGCACAAAAUGAUAUUGGUUUGAGUGAACCAUUACAAAGUUCAUCUUUCCUCUCUAGGGGGGAAAUAUUAGAACCAAAAUUAACAUCUCAAACAUCAGCAAAUGCUUCCGAAAUUCACGAAUACUUUUAUAGUUUUGAUUUAUAUUCAGAAGAUAUUCCACAAAUUAAGCCAUAAAUGACUUUCAAAUAUUAACUUUUAUUGUAAUUUUAUUAAUAAAAUUUGUAAUAAUUAAUAACAAAUUUUUUAUAUCUUUAUAUGAAAAAAAAGGUGCAAUAUUAAAUAUUAUUUACUCACAUAUAUUUUAUAUCAUUGUCAUUUUGGUAAUGUAUUAUUCUAUUUAUUUUUUUUAAAU